AUGAGGAAAUUGUAGUGUUGUGUUUGCUAAUUCUGGCCGUCUUCCUUGCAGCUCCUAAUUAUAAUGUGGAGGGCCAGCCUGCAAGUAUCAGCUUCGAAACUGAUAUAAAUACCACAAUGUUGCAGAUAAAAAUCGGUUCAUGGAAAUCAGUCUUACAAAUUCCAACGGUGUUACCGUCAGGCUUGCCAUAGAUGUAAUGAACGUCUACGUUCUGGGGUAUUACACCCCACACCCAAAUUGUUCUGGAUCCUACUUUUUUAAGGAUCCUGUUGCGGAGCGAGCUAAGAAAUAUGUAUUCAACAGUUCUCACCCAAAAACAACACUUCAAUUUGAUGGCAGUUACAGAGGUCUUGAAAACAAUGGAGCCAGCCGAAAAUCGCAGAUACUUGGACUCCCAGCCCUGAGCAAGCUGGUUCAAGCGUUGUACGAGUACAAAUGCCCCAACUCCAACUACAAUAACACCCAUGUUGCACGGGCAUUUAUGGUAGCAAUUCAGGCUAUUUCUGAGGCUGCAAGGUUUCAAAAGAUUGCUGAUGCAGUUCCGAAUGACAGGAAACCAACUAGAGAAGCUUUAAAAUUAGAAAAUAAUUGGAGUAAACUCUCCAAAGCAGUUCUGAACGCAGACCCUACAACUAAAGAAUUUAAAAGUAACCUUACGCUUGUAGACGCGAACGAUAAAGAUGUUAACGUAUCGAACGCUAAUUCACCAUAUGUAAAAGGUAACCUCCACUUGCUGCUGAAACCAAAGGAUCGUCAAGCUCCGUCUCAACUACUGCAUUCUCGACAUGAUCAAAAUUAUGCUACAAUCUAAUCUAUCUUUCAUGAACUCCAACUCCACGUCAAGAAUAUUAUGUUGUGUCGUGUGUUUAGAGUAUAAUCCUUAAUGUGUUCGUCGUUGGUGUGGAAAUAAGGCAUGUGAAUGUCAAUGCAUUCCUCUGUAUGUGUAUGUGUGUGCUUUCUUCCAAUUUCUGUCCAGUAAGUCUUUUAAUGUUUACUGCUUAUUCGUCAGCUAUAGAAUUAUAUUGGAAUUAUUUGGUGCACAUAAGAUAU